AUGAAGCAUAGAACACUUCUGGCGUCUCUUUUAAUUUUGCCCUACUUUGGUUCGGUUAUCUGCAAUUUGUUCACCAAAGUAGAAUUGGGACCCAUCAAAGAUGAUGACACUAUACAUGGUUGUCUUUCCGGUGAAAAUGACAUAAGAAUUCAAGACGCUUUUUGGGAUAGUGUACAUGAUAAUUCAUGGAAGAGCUUGACAACUACUGCUCAUUGGCGCGCAACACCUACUAAAAACCAGAUGCAAGACAGUGUGCCUAACCAAGCAGAUCGUGGCCUGAAAGCUCUUCUUUCAAUGGUAGAUAAGAUAAACAGGGUAUUCAUUCCUAAUGCGGCACCCGAGCAUCGUCAUGUAGUUGAGGAUCUAAAAGUUCAGCUUGCACAGCAUGCGUCCAAGGUUUUGGGACAACACUGGCCGUAUCAAAAUACGCUGAUUGUUGACGAAACUGUUCAACAUAUUCUGAAAUCUGCGUUGGCAUUUAACAUCUUCCAGACUCAUACUUAUCUCCGUGACAGAGCUGCGACAGGUCAAUCUCAAUAUCGAUUAUCAGCAGCUUUUCUUACAUCGAAACCUGCACAUAUAUACGCCGGAGGAUAUCUAGCAAGUAUUGGGUUUUUGAACAUGGUAGAGCAUCUUGUGAUGGAUGGUCUCAGAGACGAAGGGUUGUUUAGACAGUUCUCUUUGCGAGAAGAUGCUUCAAUACCUUCCAAGAGGCAAUUGGCUGCUAACCAAGUAACAUCCAGGAUUGUGCACCAGAAUUCUGUGCUCACAUGGUGGAAGUGUCGGCUGAGCACCAAAGAUCCAUAUUAUUAUAUGUCCCGGAAUGAAGUCACUGCAGAGAAAAUAAAGAAGAAGCUCCGGGGUAUUGAGUUUAUUGGAACUCAAAACCACAUGAAUAUUUGGAAGAGACUUGUUGGUGUGGCUGAAACCAGUCGUCUUUCCAAGAAAAAAAAUGAAGACAUAUCAUCACUUCUGAAAAUCUAUCCAACCGCAAAGUUUUUUUUUAGAAGACUGAUGGAUAAUGACAACAAACAUGACUCGGAGAUUCUUGAAGAGUUGUGUGAAAUAUUGGAGAUCUUUGAUAGUUGUCAUGAUCACAGGGAUAGGCGCACAUUAAAAUUUGCUCAGGAUAUCAUCACUGAAUUGUUUAGGUUUAGUGAAGACACUCUGGCUUCAAUGAGAGAAACUGUAGUUCAAAGAGCAAAGUAUAUGGUGAUGUGGUGGGUACUUUCUCAAAGUGUUGCAAAAAUUAUCUUGAGGCUUGGACAGGAUCAUGGGUUGGAUUUUGAAGGGUUUGAUUACUCAGAUGUUCUACGAUAUGUCAAAUACUUGUGGCACUUUAUGGAUGAGAAACAGACCUUCAGAAAUGGUCUCAGCUUUACAAACCGCCAACCAAGAACUGCUUUUGCUUUGGGCAGGUAUUACUUCAUAUAUAUUGGUUGUCAGUUACACCUUCAAAAUUUAAUCACUCAAGAAGCAUCACACCUUUGGCCAAUGACAGGAAACUUAGUGGGGAGCAACAGCUUGGAAAGCAUAAUUUCUCUUGACAACAGCAUAACACACCCAUUUGGUGUUGAGAAAGAUUUACACAACCUCUUCUCUGAAUACAUGAAAAGCUUUGCAGAAACAUCACAGCAAAUGUUGCUGAUACACAAAGAUUCACAAAGUGAUACAGGUAUCAUAAUCCAAGAUAAGCAACGAGUUCCUGAAAAAAGGAAAUCCAGUGGCAAGGAUGAUGAAACAGCAUUUGAAUUCCCCAGAAAACAAUUGCCAAGAGUUGAAUCAGCAAAUGUCCCAGGUGACGAAAUUGAAGAGGGUGAAAUUGUGGAAAGCAUGGAUCAUAACAAUUCAGGAUACCCUGGUGGCUUUGACAAUAGUCAUUCAUCAAUGUUCCCAACCAGGAAUGAAGGCUCAAAAAGGAAGAAAGCAAAAUAUACAUCAAGCAGCCAAAGAGAAGUGCAUGGAACACUCUCUCAAGCGAUCAAAACCAUACGCAAAGGGGAUCCAAGGUACAGAGGUGAUAUGAAAAUCAUAGCUCAAAACAAACACAACAUCCCCCAAAGAACAAAGUUGAUCACCAAAGAGAACAAAACACAGCUUGAAUUACCAAGGGCCGUACCUCAUUCCCCAGCAAGAGACAUUGGAGAUGCUGAGAUGGUGGUAGAAAUGCUUCACAACAAUUUUAAAUCACAUGAUAGCCCAAGCAAUGUUUUGCCAAUAGCUGCUCAAACAAAAGAUAAAGAAAAAAUUGAAUCAUUCAAGAGUAAGAAGAGAAAAUACAUAGUGAAAGACCAAAGAGAAGUGCCUGGAUCACAUCAUCAUGAGAUGAAUGCUAAAAGACAGGGCAUUAGGCAAAUAGGUGAUCUGAAAUUUGAUGGGUCAAACAACAAGGCAAUGAGUGUUGACACAAAGAGCACAGCUCAUAUGAUGUCAACCCCAAAAUCAAGAGUUAAUCUUGUCUCUUCUCCUCACAUUCCCCCUCAACUUCACCAUUUGAUAACAACCCCAAAAAAACAAGAUCCUCCCAAGUUGGAUCUGAGUGAGCUCUUCCAAGAGCUGUUUGGAGAGGAAACACCCAAGGGGCCAUCUUCUGCAAAAGACCUUCAGGAAGACACAGGAUCUUACAGUAUGCAGCUCAGUCAUGCAUCUGAUGCUUGGUCAGAGAUCCAAGGAAUUGAACACAAUGUAGACAUCUCUCCAGUCAAAGACCACACUUUAAGGACAGCUUCAAAGUUUAAGAAAGAUAUCACUCUUGCUAGCAAGGGUAUUCAGAAGAGCAUGGGAAAAGAAGAUACUCGGAUUAAACCACCCAAAUUAAAACCAAACAAAAUUGCAGGUGUAUACAACGGGUCAGAAGAUACCUCCACCAUAAGCCCAGCCCCUCAGUCAAUCUCAAGUAGGAUUUGGAAAGCAAAAGACAAGGGAUUGAAAGUAGAGAUCCCACCAAAACAUAUCUGGAGUAUUACACAUCCUAAAUCUAGUAAGGAGGAUAUCUUAAUGAAGGGUGGUGAAAAAACUAAAGGUCAUGUUAUCAAGUUUUAUCCCUCUGAUAUGGUUUCUUCAUCAAGCCAGGUGCAAAAUCAGGGCAAUUCCUUCAAAACCCUUCAUUCAGGUAAAGAUAUUGACAAAUCAAACCUUGACCAUCCAAAAGAAGGAAUCAGUAUGUGGCCAGAAGCCAUUACCAUUGUGGAUGCACCACCAAAUUCCCCUUCAACAAAUGUCAACACAGAUGAAGAUCAAGUAAUACCUAGUGGUUUUAGGCUUUUUGGUUUUGAUAUCAAACCAGCUGACCAUCAUGAUUAA